AUGGCGGCCUCGAACGGUAGCGUGACUACCUCCCUAGUCGGCCACAGCCGCCCCUCCGGCGCGCUGCAACUCAAAUCCUCAUCCAACAAACCGAACCCGCUCCCCUUUGUCGCGCUCAAGACCGGUCUCUGCUACGACGUGCGCAUGCGGUACCACGCCAAAGUCGUCAACUCCCAAUCCGACUACACGGACCCGCACCCCGAGGACCCGCGACGGACGUACCGGAUCUACAAAGCGCUUUCGGAUGCGGGCCUCGUCUCGCAAAAGGGCGCGAGCGGCAACGCCGACAUCGAGUCUGAGUUGAUGCAGCCGAUCCCCGCGCGCGAGGCCACGGAGGAAGAAGUCACGCUGACGCACAGCAAGGAGCACUGGGACUUCAUCCGCAGCACCGCCGCGAUGUCGAACGUGCAGCUCCUGGACGAGACGCGCGACGGCGACUCGGUCUAUUUCAACAACGACUCGUUUUUCUGCGCAAAGCUCAGCUGCGGCGGCGUGAUCGACACCUGCAAAGCAGUCGUCGAGCAAAAGGUCAAGAACGCAAUGGCCGUCGUGCGGCCGCCCGGCCAUCACGCCGAGCCCUGCAAGCCGGCCGGGUUUUGCAUGUUCAACAACGUCGCGGUGGCCUCGCGCGUGAUUCUGAAAGAGUACCCGGAGCAGGUCAAGAAGAUCCUGAUCCUGGACUGGGACAUCCACCACGGCAACGGCACGCAGCGCGCGUUCUACAGCGACCCGAACGUGCUCUACAUCUCGCUCCACCGCCACGACGGCGGCAAGUUCUACCCCGGCACGCCGUUCGGCGACUACGACAAGUGCGGCGAAGGGCCGGGCGAAGGCAGGAACGUAAACAUCCCGUGGCCCAAGGCGGGCAUGCGCGACGGCGACUACAUCUACGCGUUCCAGCGCGUGGUGAUGCCGAUCGCGCUCGAGUUCAAUCCCGAUCUCGUGAUUUUGUCGUCCGGGUUCGACGCCGCGCCCGGCGACGAGCUCGGCGGGUGCUUUGUGACGCCGGCAGCGUACGGGCAUAUGACGCACAUGCUCAAGUCGCUUGCGUCUGGAAAGCUCGCGGUCGUGCUCGAGGGUGGAUAUAAUCUCGACUCGAUCGCGACCUCUGCGCUCGGGGUGGUGAAGGUGCUGAUUGGCGACGCGCCGCUGCCGCUGACAAACAUGUACGCGCAGCACGAGGCUGUGCAGACGGUCGAUAAUGUGAUUAAGAUGCAGGCGCAGUACUGGCGGUGCAUGAAGAUCGGGCGCACGAUCAAGGACCUGCCGGGUGCGCCGGCAGCCGAGCGUCUGCACGACGUUAUAAGGCGGUACCAGGCCGUGCAGCUGUUUACGAGUUUCUCAAUGACAGCGCUGCCUAUUUUCCGGGACCGCGUCUCGCGCUCGUUCGAGGACCAGGUGCUGUGCACGCCCGGGUUCCAGUCGACGAAGACGAUCGUGGUGAUUGUGCACGACCCGCCGCAGUUCUGGGCCGAGCCGGACUCGGUGACGGGCGAGAUCAGUCUGCACGAGACGUACAUGCUCGACUGCUGCCGCAAGUACGUGCAGUGGGCGUACGAGCGCGGGUACGGCGUCGUCGACAUCAACGCGCCGGAGCACUACACGGACCAGGACGACGAAGGGCUGAAUCCGCAGGCGGCGAUCCAGGACCUGUGUAUAUACGUGUGGGACAACUAUCUCGAGUUAUCGGACGCGAAGAAUUUCGCCUUCAUCUCCGUCGGCGACGCGUCCGCGGGCGUGGUGUACUUGCUCGGCCACCGCGAGGUGCGGAGCCGGAUGCGCACGAGCAUCACGUUUGCGGGCAAGCAGCCGCUGCAUCCGAUUAUGCCGAUCAUGGACGAGUUCAUCAUCGACUGGUACUACAAAAACUCGCGCGUGUACUCCUACGACUCCGCGACCUCUGCUGGCGCGGACGGCGGCGGCAGUGGUUUUGGCGCGGGCGGGAACGGGAACAGCAGCAGCGACCGGUCGUCGGGCAAGGGCCCGAAGAAGAAGCUGGGGAACGUGAUCAAGACCGAGAUCGAGAAUAUCAACGAGUUGAUGAACGGCAAGUUUGAGGAGGUCACGGAGUUGUUGGAGGGCGAGCUCGAGGACAGCGAUUCCGAGAGCGAGGGCGAGAUCGUGCAGGUGCCGGAGCGGAAACGGGUGAAGACGCAGGAGAGUAGUUAG